AUGACUUGGCAACUGGAUCCUUUGGUGCUGGGACUGUUGGAGGAGCUGGCCCAGAAGCAGGAGGACCUGCGGAACCAGAAGGCUGCCUCCCAGAGCCGGGUCCCGGAGCCCCAGGUGCCCUCCAGCAGCAAACACCGAAGGAGCUCCGUGUGUCUGAGCAGACGAGAGAAGAUCUCCCUCCAGGACUUGUCCAAGGAGCGCCGGCCUGGGGGGGCAGGGGGACCCCUCAUCUGGGAUGAUGACGACGAGCGAGAGGAAGGCCCCACAGAGCCACCCCCUGCAGAAACCAGGACCCUCAAUGGAGUGUCCUCCCCACCACCCCCCAGCCCUAAAGGCCCCUCAACCUCCGAGGAGGUCCCCUUCUCUAGGCGCUUUGCUCCAGAAGACAGACAGGGGGCGGAGGGUGCCCCUGGGGCUGGGCUUCAGCGCUCAGCUUCCUCCUCACUGCUGGAAGGGACCGCCACUCAGGCCAAGGAGCCCCGUCUUGCCAGAAUCACCCCCACUCCCUCCUGGAAGGUGCCAGAGCCCUCUUGCCCGGAGCCUGAAGCCCCAGGGAAGCCAGCUGUCCCUGCCGCCUCCACAGCGCCCCCAGCGGACUCUCGGGACCGCCGGAGGUCCUACCAGAUGCCUGUGCGCGAGGAGGAGUCAGAAUCCCAGUGGAAAGCUCGCUCUCGCCUCAUGUGCCAGUCUCGGAGGUCCACACAGGGCAUGACUCUGACAGACCCGAAGGAAGCAGAGAAGGUGGCAGGGAAGGCUCCAGAGCUGGAGAAGUCAUGCACACAGAGCCUGGACCCUUCCUGGCAGCCCCGAGUCCCUGGGGUUGAGAAUUCUGAUGGCCCUGCCCAGAGAGUAGAGGGGCCUGACAGGCAGGGACAGGGACCACAGGCCUCCAGGGAGCACCUCAGAGUUGGCAAGGAGAGGAGAGGGCCUGCGGAGUGGGAGGAAGCCAAGCCCGCGGACAUCAGCCCAGAAUCCAGCACCCCCAAGGCCAGCCCUUCCCCCCGGAGGCCGCCCGCCCUCAACCCGGAACCCAAACCAGAAUCGGAGCCGGAUGAUGGCGGCUUCAGGAAGCUCUACGCAGAGCUGCGCGUUGAGAACAAGAGACUUCGUGAGGCCCUGACGGAGACCACGCUGCGGCUGGCGCAGCUCAAGGUGGAGCUGGAGUGCGCCAUGCAGAGGCAGGAGUGCUUUGCAGAGAGGCCGGCCCUCUUGGAGCUGGAGAGAUUCGAGCGCGGGGCCCUGGAGCACAAGGCCGCUGAGCUGGAAGAGAAGCUGAAGGGCCUGUCCAACCUCCGGGCUGACAACCAGCGCCUCAAGGACGAGAACGCGGCCCUGAUC